AUGGCCCUCCAGCAAAUCGAGGAGAGUUUGAAGCAGCUCGGAUCGGAUGGCACUGUAGAGCUGGACCGUUUGAAGCAGGUGUUGGUGAAGAUCGGCAUGAACGACAGAGAUGCGGACACUGUCUUGGAUAUUUCGCAAAGCGAUGGCAAGAUCAAGAUCUCAGAGUUCAUGGCCUGGUUGUCUGCGAAGUCUGGCAAGCCACAAUGUGUCGGCUGGAAGGACAACAUUAUUUUGGCCACUGACAGCUACAAGUUCAGCCACUGGAAGCAGUAUCCACCGGGAACCGAGUACGUGUAUAGCUACUUCGAGAGCCGCGGUUGUGAUCGCGGGUGGGACGAGGUUGUCUUUUUUGGCCUGCAAUACUUCUUGAAACGCUACCUUCUUGGUGCAGUCAUCUCGCGGGAAAAGAUCGAUGAAGCUGAAGCUCUUUGCUCCGAGCACUUCAACGGAGAAGGGCUCUUCUACAAGGAGGGGUUUGAAUACAUCCUGGAGAAACAUGGUGGAAAGCUGCCGAUAUCAAUCAAAGCCAUCCCCGAAGGCAUGGUCAUGCCCACCCGCACGGCUCUUUUCACUAUGGUCAACACAGACCCAAAGUGUUUCUGGUUGACCAACUUCCUCGAAACGCUGCUGGUGCAGGUUUGGUACCCAAUGACGGUUUGCAGCAACAGCCGAUACCAGAAGCUGUCAAUUCACGAAGCGCUCGAAGCGACUGGAAAUGACUUCUGGGCCAUUCCUGGAGGCUCUGUCUUCAAGCUGCACGACUUCGGCUUCCGGGGUGUGUCUUCCGUGGAAUCUGCAGCGCUUGGGGGCGCAGCUCACUUGGUGAAUUUCCUUGGCACGGACACUGUGGCGGCUCUUCUCUGCACGAAGAAGUACUACCACUCCAAGCAGGCCGCAGGUAAUUCCAUUCCUGCCUCUGAACACUCCACAAUCACCUCAUGGGGCGUCGAGGCCGAAGUUGAUGCCAUGAAGAACAUGCUCGAGAAAUAUCCGACAGGCAUUGUGGCUUGCGUCAGCGACUCUUUCGACGUCUUCAAAGCAUGUCGUGAAUACUGGGGAUCCAGCUUAAAGGAUCUGAUCAAGGGGCGCAUCUCUGGUGACAGUUGGGGUCGACUGGUGGUGCGGCCUGACAGCGGCGACCCCACUGAGACAUGCGUGCAAAUUCUUUCCAUACUUUGCGAGCAGUUCAAGGAGGAUGUCACUGUCACCGCGACUGGCCACAAGCUGCUACCAGCCUAUAUCCGCGUGAUUCAAGGUGAUGGCGUGGAUUACGAAUCCAUACCAAAGAUUCUCGGCACACUGAAAGAUGCUGGCUAUGCUGCGGACAACAUGGUCUUUGGCAGUGGUGGAGCACUCUUGCAAAAGCUGAAUCGGGACACCUUCAAGUGCGCUUUCAAGUGCUCGGAGAUUACGGUGAACGGCGUCGCUCGAGUGGUCUUCAAGGACCCGAUUACGGACAAGGGCAAAGCUUCGAAGAAGGGCCGUCUGACUGUGCAACGUGCAGCAGACACCGCGAAAAAUAGCGAAGAGGACGUCUACAAGCCACGGCAGGACGAGAACGGGACACCAGGUGGAGAGGGUUUCCUCCACUACACGGCAAACGGACAAUACGUCACUGUGGCUAGUGGCAGAGGCGAUCCGGAAAAGGAUUUGCUCGUCGAGGUGUUUCGCGAUGGAGUGCUCCUGAAGGAUUGGACGCUGGAAGAGAUCCGACAAAGAGCAGACAUUCCAAAUGGGCCCUUCUCGCAAACGAGCUGA